AUGCAAAAAAUUCUGAAUUUUAGGGAGUAUUUUUUGAACCCGAAAGGAAUUAAGAUUGUACCUACUUCUAAUUUCAAGAGAGCUACACCAGUUGAAGCAUUAUUUGAUCAAUCUGUGGUUUUGCAUAGGGCAGAGAAACAAUUGGAGAAAAAUGUUGUAGCAUUCAAAUUAUAACCAUAUAAAUAUUCAUUGAAUAAACCAGAAAUAAAGCAAUACUUUACUCAAUUGUAUGGGUUGAAUGUUGAUAAAGUGAAUACAAUUAAUUAUAUGGGAGCAAUAAAGAGAUCGCCAAAAGGAGGUCGUUAUAGAGAGAAAGAUUUCAAGAAGGUGUAUUUGCAAUUAAAUGAGGAAAUUGAGCCCUUCUUUUAGAAAAUUGAGAAGUGAUUAUAAGCAUACAUACAUUAAAAGUAUUAUACAUGAACAUUU